AUGCAAUGGUUGUAAUGUUCGGAUCGGAUCAAUAAUUCUGAGGGAGGAUUGCUUGAAGAUGGUAGACGGAAGUUACCGAAAGCUUCAAGAUCACUAGCGUCAAAUUAUUCUGAGAUAUCCAAAGCUUCACUCGGAUAUUGACAUUCACGCGCGCCGACUUUCAACGACUUUAUCCCAGACCCUCAUCUCUCUCUACCCAAUUCCUCGCGAUAUAAUCGAUCUAUAGCAAUCAUGACGAGCACAAUCGGAAUACCAAUCAAGCUCUUGAACGAGGCCCAAGGUCAUGUCGUAACUCUCGAGAUCACGACCGGUCAGGUCUACCGUGGAAAGCUUUUGGAAGCGGAAGAUAACAUGAACGUUCAACUUAAGGAUAUUACUGUCACAGCGCGUGACGGUCGUGUCAGUCAUUUGGACCAAGUAUACAUCAGAGGCUCACACGUGAGAUUCUUUAUUGUUCCAGAUAUGUUAAGGAACGCGCCUAUGUUCAGGAGUAGAAAUACUAGGGGUAGAGGUGUCGGAUUGGCAAGAGGAAGGGCUACAGUUAGCAGGGCGAGAGCAAGUGGACGAGGAGCACCAAGAGGUUGAGAGACUCAUAUUAUAUGUGGAUGAAAGGAUAAUUUUUUCAAGUGUCGGCGUUUGAGGAAAACUUAUGAUAAAUUGCAAAGCUAGUCUGGGCAGAGGAGAGCUACGAAGGCUCGAAUAUUGAGGAUGACCCAGCGCACAAGCAUACAUGGGGAGGGCUUUUUCCUUACUAGCAUUUGAGUUAGAGCAGAGCAAUUAGGAGCUUAUAUCCAAUAUCCUAAAGAUAGAUGCUAUAUCUCUCCCUAUUUAGGUAUAUUCCAAUGAACUUGUUCAGAUGUCAAAG